AUGAGCAAAGCCCGUCGAAAGAACAUACCCGUUAUUCCGAAAUCUUGUGUGUUUGAAAUACCAACAGCUUAUCAACAAACAUUAUCGAAUAAACGAUUCUUAUUGAUGGAUUAUUAUUUGAAACGUGCCAAAGAACGUGUAGUUAUUUUUUCAAGUGAUCAACAAUUAAAUUUACUGUUUAACAGUGAUGUCAUCUUUAUUGAUGGUUUGCCGGUUGUAUUCGGUUUAUUACCAAAUCGUCGGACAACAACCUAUGUGGAUUUAUUUAAACGUUUGAAAGAAGAAGCAAUAGCAAUUAAUAAAGUAUUUGAACCGAAGCAAGUUGUUUCUGAUUUUGAAUCAGCACUUGUAUCAGCAAUUCGAGCAACAUUUCCAAAUGCUUCACAUACUGGUUGUAAUUUUCAUUUUGUCCAAGCGGUUCAUCGGAAUAUCGCGAACUUAGGAUUGGCAUCCGAAUAUACACAUGAUGAAAAUAUGCGAGACCAAUGUAGACAAUUAAUGGCUUUAUCCCUUAUGCCAAUUGCCGAAGUUGAAAAACAAUUUAAACGUAUUCGUGCAUUAGUAUCACCAUCAUUAGAUGAUUUAUUCGUCUAUUUCGAACGUCAAUGGAUAAAUGGUUGUGUUCCUUUAUCACUAUGGAAUGCAAAUGAAUCUGAUUAUCGUACAAAUAAUAUUGCUGAAGCGUAUAAUCGUCGGUUUGGAACCCGUAUAAUGAAAAAACAUCCAAAUUUCUGGUCAUUUUUACAAUUAAUUCAAGAUGAACAUCUUCGAUUUGAACAUAUAACAAUUCAACUUGCUUCUGGGGCAUCGGGGUCGAAGCCAUCGACAAAUAAAACAGCUUUUCAACGACGAUUUGAAACAUUAAAUAUGAGGUUUAAAAAUGGUGACAUAAAUGCAAAAGAGAUGUUGGCUGGAUUAACUUUAUUGAUCGGACGACAAAAAAAAUAA